GUCUUCACUACUCAAAUCCGCGUCUGGAGCAUGUCCAUCAUCGCGUUCUGUGGGCGCAUGGCCCCACUAGCUGUGCCGCUGCUCAUCCACAGCUCCACCCGGCUCUUCCUCUACCUGACUAUGGGGCUGCUCCUUCUCGCCUCUCUGCUGGUCUGGAGCCUGCCAGAGACAAAGGAUGCGGAGCUCAUCGAGACGCACGGCCGACCCCUUGUCUCCAAGGAUGCCGCAUCGUAUGGUGCGGCGGCUCACUCCGUUCCG